AUGGCAAGAAAACACACAGCUCAACUUUUCCUAACGACAAUAUUCUCAGCCUUAUUAAUAUUCCGCUUCCAAUUUCCCUCCGCCGCCGCCUCCUCGGAGGACGCCUUCCUCUACGGCGGGUGCUCGCAGGUUAAGUACGCACCCGACUCUCCCUACCAAUCGAACCUCAACUCCCUCCUAACCUCCCUCGUCAACUCGGCCACCUACUCAUCCUACAACAAGUACACCGUCAUGGGCUCGGGCCCACAAGACGUCGUGUACGGGAUUUACCAGUGCCGGGCCGACCUGUCCAUGCCGGACUGUGCCACCUGCGUCGCCCGGGCCGUGACCAAGCUCGGCCCGCUCUGCUCGGGGGCCUGCGGUGGGGCAGUCCAGCUGGACGGCUGCUUCGUGAAGUACGACAACGUCUCGUUCGUGGGCCAGGAGGAUAAGACGGUGGUGUUGAAGAAGUGUGGGCCGUCGGAUGGGAUUGGGCCGGAUGGGACCGGCCAGAGGGACGCGGUGCUGGCGGGCCUGAGCGGCGGGGGAGGCCCGUUUAGGGUUGGAGGGACCGGGGGCGUGCAAGGGGUGGCACAGUGUGUCGGGGACUUGAGUGCGGGGCAGUGCCAAGACUGCGUGUCGGAGGCCGUGCGGCGGCUCAAGGCGGAGUGUGGAGGGGGCGUGUACGGGGACGUGUUUCUGGGUAAGUGCUACGCGAGGUACUCAAUCAGUGGGGCCCACAUCUACGCAGCGCCGAACCACGGGUCCGGUGAUCAUAGCGAGUCGGAGAAAACAUUCGCGAUCAUAAUCGGAUUAUUAGCCGGAGUCGCACUCGUAAUUAUUUUCCUCACUUUUGUGGGGAGGUUGUUUGGGAGAAAUGGAAAAUAA